AGAUUUACGUUUGAAUGGCAAAAUUCUAAAAUAACUUGGUCCAAGAAUUGAUCGAUAAUUGAUCGAUCGAUGAUCGUAGUGAAAAUCGGAGCAAAUGUGACCAAGGCAUUACUAGUCAUUUCUCAGGAGCAAAACACCCGCAACAGUAUGAUAAUAAAAAAUCAUCCUCAACUCCAGAAGUAUAUUUCGUUGAGUAUCGGGAUACUUGGAUGGUUCAUGGGAGGCAUUGUGUUUGGAUUUAAUGCAUAUGCGAUUGCCCUGAAAAAGACAUUCAACUACACUCAGACUGAACUGGAAUACAUAGCUUCAAGUGGAGACUUGGGAAUGUGUUUAUCAUUCCCGCCAGGUAUGCUCUUCGACACUUUUGGGCCUAGAGUUACAAAUAUUGCGUCAUUUAUUCUCACGACGAUGGGCUUCGCACUUAUGUGGUUGGCAACAGAAUACAGGAUAUUCUUCUCAUCGAACAACUGGCUUUUAUGCAUCAUUUACUUUUUAGCCUCAGAAGGAACUAUGUUCAUCAUUAUAGCGACGUCCGUGGUUAACUGCGAAAACUUUGACCGAAAACAUAGAGGCAAGGUUCUCGGGCUACUUAAUAUCAUAUACGGCGUUAGUCCAGCGAUAUUCAGCGCCCUCUAUGAAGCAUUGUAUAUACAAGGGCAUAUUGAAGAUCCGGAAAAUCAAAAGUUGGGAGAAUUUAUGAUUACGCUUGCCGUACUUUCAGCGUGUAUAAAUUUAUAUGCAGUUGUAAUGCUAGAGACAGUCCAAAAGGAAACAGAUAAACCUGGUGAUGUUGAACUAUCCCGACUGUGCAGAACAAAUCAAAAUGGAGAACAAGCUAAUUAUGGAACAGAAUAUGAACUCAACAAGUUUCCAUUAGAAACAAAAGAGGAAAUCAACGACAGAACCACACUCGUUCAAAAGAAAACAACAAAGCAAUUGGAUAUGAAAAGUUGGGAAAUUAUUCAAACUCCCGAGUUUUAUUUCAUUUGGUUAACGUGCUUACUCAUAGGUGGAGCUGGCGGUACAUGCACAAAUAAUAUCACAACUGUUGUAAAAUCCGCAAAGUUUGAUACCAAAACAACACUAUUCACAGUCAUUAUACCAAUUUCUGCAUUAUUGACGCGAUUUCUUGGUGGGGCUAUACCAGACUACGUCUUUCAGAAAUGGCCAGACAUUCCAAAAUCUUCAAUUUUGUUAUUUCCAUGCAUUAUAUCAUGUAUUGGUCAAUUAUGUUUUACAUUUUUUAACCAAAGUUACAUUGGCUUGAUUUUGUCCUCUGUACUGAUGUCUCUAGCAUAUGGGUCAUUCUACCCACAAAUCAAUAUACUCACUAUAGAAUAUUUCGGCCUGAAAUACUUUGGGCAGAACAGCGGUCUGAUUGUAAUGGGUCAUGGAAUCGGGAUAGUCGUAUUUCAAAAGCUUUUUGCAUUAAACUAUGAAACACAUAGUCCAACUGAAUCAUCUGAUUGUUAUGGAGAAAUGUGUACCAAGUGGUAUUUUCUCCUGAUGGCAAUAUUGUGUUCUUGUGCAAUUUUUAUAACUCUCUGUCUGAUGAAAAUAGAAAAAGAUGAACGACUUCAACACGAGGCUACAAUGAACGCCUAGUAUUUGAGUAUGUACUGAACAUUUAUACUAUAUGAACCAAAAUGUUGGUGCUUUGUACUUCAUUCUCAUAUUUACGAACACCUUGUUUUUGUACUGUACCUUAAUAUUCCCCGCAAUUACUUUACAACAAUAAAGGUAUAUAGCCUACACAUUACCUGUACAAAGGCAUAUAUAUAUAGAA